AUGGAGAAUGUGUAUAACCAAACCAACACGUAUCUCCCACUCGCCAUCCGAAAGUGGGGAAAGGAGUAUAUUGCCACCGGAUAUAUUUCUCAGCGUCAACAGGGAAGAUUCAUUCGACCACCUUUUGUACUUGCAGAUGAAGCUAUUGCAAACGCAACGUCAAACUGGAUCCGUCAGCAAAAAAUUGAGAAAAGAACAGCUAGCAACGUUAAGAGAUAUAUUGAUCAAAUUUUGUAUCCAGUAAAAUUUGGAGUUGUGAGAGAUAUAUCUUUAUCUAUUAUCAAUAAAUAUAUGAAAACUUGGGGAUUCUCAUUCAGAAAAUUCACUAGCACAGUUUAUGUUGAUGGUCACGAAAGAGAAGACGUUAUCAAGUAUAGAGAAGAAUGGUCACAGCGAAUGAUGACAUAUAAAAGAAGAAUGGAAGAAUAUUCGAGAGAUAACAUGGAAGUUGUUGAAGAGCCAAAAGUCUUGCAUGGUGAAAAGAAACUUGUCUUGGUUACACAUGACGAAUCAACCUUUUAUGCAUAUGACAGAUGA